AUUGGUCGUAAUCAUUUAUAAUCGUUCACAACUUACGUAAUUGUAGAAUAGCCUUUAGAUCAGCAAUUUUCUGACUUCCCACGCUACAAUAUUCAAGUGUGUACGAACAAUUUAGCCUAUGAUAUAUCGCGCGUUCUUAUCGACGCAAAUAUAUGCGCAUGCACAUGUGUCGCGUCGUCACAAUCUCUCGUAUAUGUUGAAGGCUCUCGCGGUCGGUGCGCGACGCAUCGCGAUGUCCGCCGUAACGAGAAAGCCGGAGGUGGUGUUCAUCCUGGGCGGCCCGGGUGCCGGUAAGGGCACUCUGUGUCGCUACAUUGUCGAGCGAUAUGGCUAUGUCCACUUGUCAGCCGGCGAUCUACUGCGAGAAGAACGCGCUAAACCAGGCUCGCAAUACGGUGAACUGAUCGAAACUCACAUCAGAAAUGGCACGAUCGUGCCGGUGGAGAUCACCUGUAGCCUUCUAGACCGCGCUAUGCGUAUCUCUGACAACCCGCACAAUCGUUUCCUCAUCGACGGUUUCCCCAGAAACCAAGAUAACCUGGACGGUUGGAACAAGGUGAUGUCUGACAAAGUUAUCCUGAAAAGUGUGAUAUUCUGUGAAUGCAAUCAGGAAGUCUGUACUCAACGUUGCCUGAAACGUGGUGCAGAGGGAAGUGGUCGCAGUGAUGAUAAUGAACAGUCAUUGAUCCUUCGUCACCAGACUUAUUUGCAAAAUACGAUACCAAUAGUAACUUUGUACGAACAACAAGACUUAGUUUUCAAAGUUGAUUCUAUGAGGCCACCGGAGCAAGUAUUUCAAGAUGUUGCAGAAUUUUUUCCUAAGAUAGGCUGGACUUGACACUUGGGAUAAGGCAGAUAUUAUUUUAUCUAGUUUUAUCAAUAGAAUUUUUCUACACAGCUCAUAUACUGGCUGAACAUUCCUUGAAAUGUAUAAUACUAAAAAUACAUUGAGAAUGCAGUAGUAAUGGCGUAACAUCUGAAAUACUGUAAAUAUAUCCUGUCAGAGCUGCUAAUCGCUAAUGUAAAUUCUUUUAUACAAUGUUACAUAUAACAUUAACAUAUACGUCUUGUAUAUUUAUAAAUCGAAUAAGAAAAAUUAGCGUUUAUUAGGAAAAAUAUUAAUGCAGCAGAGAAAAUCGGGACAGAUAUGUAUUUUUAAUUAAUAUGUAAAAAUGUAUAAUAAAUAAUAAAUAAUAAAUAAUAUGUCGAAAAAGA